UGCGAAGAGCGGUGGGUAGCACAUCAGGAUGGAAGACAUUUGAAAACAACACGAUAAAGUAAGCACUAACAAGGAGUAAAUGUGCAACAUUUUAAAAGUAACCAUCCGAAUGUCUAAGUGGACGAAACUGAAGCUUAUGUGACCAACCUCACUUCAGGAAACGACGUGGGAAGUGGCAUUCGUAGUAAAGUGUUUAUGUCUUAAGCAUCCCCUCACCAUGUCAACGAUGGAUCUCCAUCCCCACUGCUCCACAUGCGUGAACCUCCACUGCCCGGAGCCGGCUCACCCGGGCGCUUCCUGUCAACUCACUUCCUGCCCGCUGGCAUGCGGGGCGGCGUUCCACAGCUGCAAGGCGUCCGAGCACCGUCUCCUAUGCCCGCUGGAGCCCGUGGCAUGCCCGAGCCGGGCUUACGGGUGCCCGCUCACCAUGCCCCGUGCCCGCGUAGCACAGCACCUCUCCGUCUGUCCAGCCAGUGUGGUGCGGUGCAGAAACACACAUUUUCCCAACAUGCAACACACCGCAGGUGCACACACACUCGUGCUUGCCGCAAGCACGCCCGACGAACACUCUGCAGACACAUACACUGCAAGUGUUCACUGCACCGAUGCAAACACCUCGAAUACAAAUGUCCCCCUCACACACUCUAACUUCAUACAGGCGUCAAGCACUCAGACACAAAAUGUAAACUUGUGUAAAAUUACGUCAGGGAUUAAUUUCAAGGAUAUUCCAGAAGACCCAAUUCACAAGAGGAACAAAAGCCUCCCUAAUGGAGAAUAUGUUCUCUGCAACAGCGUCACCAAUGUAAGUAAGGACCUGGACCAGAGCGUCACUGAAGCUGCUUCAACCAGAAAACCAAUCACAACAGCGGCUGCAAAGACGGACAACCACCUUGACCAAUCAGACAGAGCUGAGACCAACAAAGGCGGGAGUGAGGGCCAAUGUGGAGGCACAUCUGCUGAUGCCACGCCUGGCACACACCGGUCCGCUUGUGAGAGCAGUGCAUCAGGGGAAGAGGAGUGCCCUAUGAGUGGACCCCUGAGCGAUCUGGACGCCUUCCCUCCGUGUUAUGACCGCGAGGCCAGGCUGCUGCUGCUGCAACGCUUCCUCCCUCCAGAGCUCAGUGCCCGAUUGGCUGACACGCCCGCCAAUCAUGGUGGCGAACCAGCCCAGGAGGAGAACCAACCAAUGGAAGAGUGCUCCACCACAGCCGACCACGCAGGAUUGGUCAAACCCGGGACCAUCACCACCACAACUGAAAACAUGGAGGGAUCACCAGGAGAGGCACACUGGACGCAAGAACCCCUCAACGCUACUCCGACCACCACCACAGCUGAGAUGCCAUCCCAAACGGCACCCAUCCUAGGGACUCAGACGGGCACCUUAGUGUCUCCAGGCCCAUGCCAACACCCUGGCGAGCCCCCUGGCAUGUGUGGUCACCUGUUCCGCCGUGACGAGUUCCUCUGGCACAGCCGCAACGUCCAUGCUGACCUGGACCUCCUGGAGCGCGCCUGCCCACUGUCCACCUACGGCUGCCCCGUCACCCAGCGCCAGCUCUGCGCCUCCACCGGUGGCGGCCGCACCCGUGCCCACCUAGUCUACGAUGCCCGCCUGGGUGCCUACGGGCUGCGUCCCAUCAGCCCACCAGGCCCCGCCGCGGUGACCCCUGACCCCCUGGGCCACGAUCGCCUCAGCACGCUCCCGCUGGAGCUCUUGCGCCACCUGCUGGGCUACCUGGAUGGAUUCAGCCUCAACCAGCUGGCACUGGCCUCGGGCCGAAUGAGGGAGGUGUGUGCCAGCCUGCUGCGAGCCCGUGGCAUAGUGCUGCUGCGCUGGGCACAGUGCCCUCACAACGACACUGACCAUGCUGGCGCUCGGAGAUGGAGGGUUCAGGAAAAGGUGUGGCGUUUCAGCAUGGCCUUCAGCUGUGUGGAAUCCUGGGAUUUGGUGGAGGCCCCCAGCUUGUCCAACCACCUGCAGUGCUGCCUGUGGAACCAGGUGGAGCGCCCUCUAGAGGCCAGAGCCCUCCCCUGCAUGAGCAGCACGGCAGAGCUGGAGCGGCAGAAGCCCAUCAGGGCCUACCCCCCCGCCGGGAGGAACGCAUCAGCGCUCUUUCAUUCCCUCACUGCUGUGGAGAGCCCUGACUCUGGCUGUAGAUAAGAAGGAGAGAAGUAUCGUGUGUGCAUGCGUGCGUGUGUGUGUGUGUACACACUUUACUUAACCAAGAAGGGAAGACAGCCUUAAUCAUGUAUGGCUUAGUGGAGUGUGAGGUUUACAUAGGUGUGCUCUGAUUCAGGAGUUUGUGUGUGUGUGUGUGUGUUUGCAUAAGUGCUACAUGUCAACUCUCAGGAUGGGCCAGCCUGCUACUUCACCACAGCUGCACAUUUCUUUUCCUUCUCUCUUUCUGUUUUUGUAAAAGAGCACAUAACAUAGUCCUAAGAAGUGUGUGUGUCUGUGUGUGUCAGUGUGUGCGCGCAUGGCAUGCGCAUAACUGCUACAUAUCAACUCAGGAUGGGCCAGUCUGCUACAUCAUUAUUGUGCUCUCUUUCUCUCUUCUAAAAUGCAUGCACACAAACACAUGCUUUUGGUACCAUCUUAGAAAGGUUGCUUUUGUUGUUGAGUGCAUUAACAUAGAGGACACCCAAAGAAGUGUGUGUGUGUGUGUGUGUGUGUGUGUGUUGGUGGAAGCACUUUAACUAGCCCUUGCUGCAUUCAUUGUUGUGGAUCUGGAGCUGAACAAAAGUGUCUUAAGAACGAUGGCGUUCUGGGAUGGGCUCAGCUUUGCUACUGCAGACUGGGGCAUGGAUGACAAACAUGUCACAUGAGAUGGAGUCAGUGGACAGCUUUUGUCCUGUUGAAUAAUUCAACUUGAGUAGUGGAGGGAACACAGAAGUUAGUGACAUGCCGUGCAUGAUGUGAUACUCAGUGUUGUCCUAUUAUUUAAAAAAAUAAUGACAUUCCCUCCUUGUCAGUGAUUAUAUUAAUAAAAAUAUGGGGUCCAUAGGGUUGUACUACAGAACAAGGUAACUGGCUAAUCCAGGUCCACUUAUUAACCUUGCUUGGUAUUAUAGCCUUCAGAAGUUCAUCAAGGACAAAUAAAUCUUUUGGGUGAAUGCGGUAUGUAAUGUUUACCAACAGAACUUGCACCUGUUGACUUUUCAAAGGGCUAAAAUGUGAGUUGUUAAAAAAAAGCUUAAACUCAUAGCAUGGUUGUGGAAUUGUAGUUCCUGUGAUGCACUCUGAUAACCAUUCUGAUACAAUGUAGCAGGUGUUGUAUAAGCAUGAUGCUUCCCUCUGCUGGACAGUUUUGAAAUUACAUGAGAAGUAUUCAAAGCAACAAAUGCCAUUUGCACUUGCAUAUUCCUGGAAGUAGCAUUAUGUACUAGAGAUCACAUAUCCCAGAGUACAUGGACAUGAAAGAAAAUAAACACAUAACACUG